AUGCUGGCAGCCAAUGUGGCCCUGGCUGUGCUUCUCGCUCAAAGAAGCGUGGCAGCACAGAUUGGCGAUGCAGAUGCCAAUUGCGUUGGUUGGUGGGCGAGGCAAUGCCGCUGGGGCCGCCCAGCACCUGAAGGGCUGAGCUCCGAAGAAGAUAGCGCCUGCAGUGCCAGCGGUGAAGCCUUUCCACCAGUGCCAGGUGCUACAUGGGCAAAGGUCCUGGAGCAAAUGACGAGGUGCAUCACAGGAUUCUAUGAGGGUCGCUACUUGGAGGUCCAGUGGGAUCCCAUAAAUUUCUGGCAACAUUGGCCGAUGGAUGGUGAUUUGGAUGUCCCAGCCACAUUCGGCAUUUGCAUCCCCAAAGGCCGUUGCCAAGACUUUGCAAUCCAGUGGCUCCUCAUCCCACUUUUGUGGGUCUAUGUGAAGAAAGGUGGCCCGCAACAUGUGAAUCAUCAUGAGAUCUUCCAACAUGCCAGCAACUUGAUGGAGUUGGGCUCCCAACCUCCGGGGCAUCCCAAGCUGCUGCAGGGAACCAAGCUCAAGGAGUCCAUCUACGACCGGGCUAUGCGCGAGUUAGAGCGUGAUGUUGAUGAAUCCCAGCAUUCCAGCGGCGUCGUGUGCAUCGUGGGGCACCUGCGCAGCUUCGGGGAAAGAGCUGUGUACGAAAGCUUACGACGCAACGUCAUUGAUGCACUUCGAUUCUCAGAUCUUCGCACGGUUCUUGUCACGGAGUUCGGGCCGCAAGCUCCAGCGGAGGAACGACACAACCCUUGGCGAAGUUGGGGAGAGAUGGCUGAUGCUUUGGAAACAGUCGCGCCCGACGUCGUUGUGAACAUUCCGGUGCACAUUGAAGGACAUCCGCCGGGGAGACGUUGCCAUGAGAAGUAUCCCAUGUCUUGCAAUGCGCAGUGGCGGCGUUUGGAGCUGUGCAUGGAGCAGGUGAAAAGCUUCGAGCAGCUUCGAGGUGCUCCAGUAGACUGGGUGGUACGAGUUCGCACAGACAUGUUCUUCAGUGUACCCAUCGGAGAUAUCCGCGUUUUUGAUGCAGGGAAAGUGCAUUUGCCCACAUCAAGCUGGACUGACGCACAUGAUACAUUUGCGAUGAUCCCACGUCAGCAUGCAGAUGUUUACUUCAGCACGCGGCACUAUGAUGGGGCCGAUUACUGUUGGAUCUCACCCAGGGAGAAUAUCAGGUCUGACGACUGCUGUCAUCGCUUGAAGCUCCAACUGCUGAAACAUGAAGUGCCUGUGAAGCGCUUUGCCCUACUGUGGCAACCUUGGGAGAUCAUCGACCGAUACAUCGUGCGGCCCACUACAUGGAAUGGCUCCAAGCUCUAUGGCCAGUCUGUUUGCACCGGCCUGGAAGUGGAGCCCGUGACGGUUUGCGGGCAGAGCUUCCGCAUCCUGCGGCGGCGCACGCACUUCUUUGCAGCAGUGGCAGGGGAUUUGCCUUUGAAUUCUGCCGGCCUGGUGUUGUGGGAGUGUGCUCUGCUAUUGGCGGAGUACUUGGGCUAUGCUGCCUUCACGGCCGACCAUCUCAAGCCCAGCUCAGGUUGGUGGCAACUGCAUCCGCCUGCAGCAGUGGUCCCGGCCAGGUUCUGGAAGUCCCAGCCAGCAGUCUUGGAGCUCGGUGGAGGAGCAGGUUUGGUGGCAGCAGCUCUGGCCUCCUUGGGCGCACGUAUCGUUUACACUGAUGGCGACGAGGCUGCCAUCCGCACUGCUGAGCUCAACUGCACCAAUGCCCGGGCAGGGCAACGGCGCAAACGCCGACGCGAGCGCAAGCGGGAGCGUUGUGAGGAACAUUGGGGCUCCUGUACCUUCCGUCGCCUACUGUUUGGUGAUGUUGAUGGAGCUCGGAAGAUUGUUGAAGAUCUCGGGCCUUUUGGCCAUGUGGUGGGUAGCGACUUGCUCUAUGGUGACAAGGCUCCCCCAGGACCACUGCUUGACACACUGGGCGCAGUUGCCGAGGCACAGGAUGAACCAUUCCUGGUCACUUUGGCAAUCAAGAACCGCUGCUGCGAUGAGGUGGAGAUCUUCCUCAAUGAAGCCCGCAGACGAGGGGUUUGGACUGUGCAGUGCGCUGAUACGAGUGCCCUCCCCGAAAGUUUUCAGAAAGAGGCGGACGUCUUCUAUGGCGCACCCGGAAAACCUUCCUACUCGGUGGUGCACCUGAGAGGGCUGGAGUCGAAGGCACCUCCUCCCAAAAAGGUUCGCGAAAGCUGA